GAUGAUGAUGAAGAUGGACUAUCUGAAGAAUACGACUCAUGGAUUUCCAAUUUCUGUUCUUUGUUUGGACAUGAUUAUUUUGUAGAAAUAUCUACAGAAUUCAUUGAGGAUGAUUUCAACCUAUCUGGCUUAUCAUCCAUGGUGUCGUACUAUAGAGAAUCAUUAAAUUUGAUAUUGGAUAUAGGACCAGAAAGCGAGAUAAACAUACCCGCCAUGCCAUUGAUCGAGCACAGUGCCGAGGUUUUAUAUGGAUUGAUUCAUGCCAGAUUUAUAUUGACGAAACCUGGGUUGACCUUAAUGGCAGAGAAAUACGAAAACAGGAAUUUUGGAUCAUGCUCAAGAGUUAAUUGUGAGGGUAUGUAUCUUUUGCCGGUUGGAUUGUACGAUCAGCCAGGGUUGGAUACAGUUCGAUUGUUCUGUCCAUCGUGCUCAGAUAUCUACUUUCCAAGUUCCUCCAGAUACUUGAACAUCGACGGGGCGUGUUUUGGCACCACCUUUCCUGGAUUGUUUAUCAAAUUAUACCCCGAGAUCCAGAGACAAUGUAAUUUACGAUCCAAAGACAGCUUCAGCUUGAAAAUAUUUGGUUUCAAGAUCAACGAGUUGAGUGUUAGCGGGCCCAGAAUGAAGUGGUUGAGACAAAAGCCCAAGAGCAAAGAGGAAAUCGAAGAGUUCAACCGAUGCGAGUACUUGAUUCCCUACGACGGCAACUCUGGCUCCAGCAGCUCGAACCCCAACAACUCGAACAACAACUCAGACAACUCAGACGAAGAAGAGGAGGAGGAA